GGUCUUUGCGCUACCACCGUGUUACUUAUUCAUAAUGUUGGCCGCGAUCCACCUUUUGCGUUGUCCCUUGAGGACAAGUCGUGCGUAUUCAACCAUACAACAGCUGCAAGCUGCCUUCCGGGAUCCGAACUCUCCGUUUCACAUACCUCCAGGCAGUACUGGACCGGCAACGCCUCAUCCAGAAGUGAACGAAGGAGAACUGUCCGUCGAGGACGAGGCGAGGCAGUCGUUGCUGAAGGCCGGCUACGAUCCCAGGAGCUUCUGGGAGCAGCCGAUUGUAUGGGGGGAUCAUGACGCCUUCCAGCAUGUGAACAACGUACGCUACGUGCGGUUCUUCGAGUCGGGUCGCAUUAAGUGGAUGCAGUCGAUCGGUGAAGAACUUGGAGGACCUCAAAAGGCGAAGGACAUGAUCACAGGGAAAGGAGUCUCGUUGAUUCUGAAGAGCAUCAGCGUUAACUAUAGGCGGCCUGUGACGUACCCGGACACCCUGCUCAUCGGCCAUAAACCCCAUAUCUUGAUCACGAAGAGUCACGACGAUGCGAAGCCGCACGCGAUAUCCGCCUCGAAGACUCACUUUCAUGUUGCAGCUGCAGCAUAUUCGUAUAGCCAGCGUGCGAUUGUUGCGGAAUCCGACAGUGUUCUUGUCUGGUAUGAUUACGACAAACUUCGUAAGUGCGAUCCUGGCCAGCAAGCGAGGGAUGUUGUUAUGGGGCGUAUACGGGGUGGGGAGUAUUAGAUCGGAGAACUGGACCUAUCUGCUGGUAGUCGUCACUUGUCUGAAACGUCG